AUGGGCGCCAAGAUCAUCGCCCCCGACGGCGGCGGCGACGACGCCGUCCGAUCCAGCGUCCAGACCUACUACGGCGAGACCCUGCAGACGUCCGACGAUCUCAAGACGUCCGCGUGCUGCACCCCGUACGACCUCCCGAAGCGAAUCCGCGGCAUCCUCUCGAACGUCCCCGACGAGGUCAAGGCCAAGUACUACGGGUGCGGAUCCCCCACGCCGCAGGGUAUCGACGGCCUCCGCGUGCUCGACCUCGGGUCCGGAAGCGGACGCGACUGCUACGUCGCCGCGGCGCUCGUCGGCGAGUCCGGACGCGUCACCGGCGUCGACAUGACGGAUGCGCAGCUGGACGUCGCGAAGAAGCACGCGAAGUCGUACUGCGUGGAGACUCUGGGAUAUAAUUCGCCGAACAUGGAGUUCAAGAAGGGCACGAUCGAGGACCUCGCGGCGGCCGGGGUUGGGGACGAGAGCGUGGACCUCAUCAUCAGCAACUGCGUCGUCAACCUCUCUCCGGACAAGCCCGCGGUGCUCUCGGAGGCUUGGAGGGCGCUGGCGUCGGGGGGUGAAUUUUAUUUUUCCGACGUCUACUGCGAUCGCAGGCUCCCGGAGGAGAUCAGGUCGCACCCGGUGUUGCUGGGCGAGUGCCUCGGCGGGGCGAUGUACGUCGAGGACUUCAAGCGGCUGUGCGUGGGAACCGGCUUCGCGGAUCCGAGGGUUUUGGAAGGGCACGAGAUUGAGGUGAGGGACGAGGAGCUCAAGGCGCUGCUCGGCGAGGCUAGGUUCUACUCCCUCACGUACCGGCUGUUCAAGCUCCCGGGCAGGCUGGAGAGCAUAUGCGAGGACUACGGACAGUACGUGGUGUACAAGGGAACCAUCGACGGCCACCCGAACGCGUACUCGCUGGACGAUCACCACAGGAUCGAGAAGAACAAGCCGUUUCUCGUGUGCGGCAACACGGCUUCCAUGCUCGGCGAGACUUGGCUCGGUGCGCACUUCGACGUGCACGGCGACAGGAGCACGCACUACGGGGCGUUCGACUGCGGCGGGCCGCCGGUGGCGAUGCCCGGCGGCGACGGCGCGGGCGCCUGCGCUUCGGGAGCCUGCUGCUGA